CCCGUUCGGCAGGCGGCUGCCCCUCGCCUCAGCCGCGGGGUCCGGGCGCGGGAUGGGCCGCCUCGGGCGGGCUGACGCGCGGCUCGCUGGGCUGGGCUGAGCGGAGUGAGCCGCGACCGCUUGCGAGGACCAUGCCGUCGGAGAGGGAGCCGGACGCCCCUCAACUGCGGGAUCCGACUGGGCCGGCUUCACUGGCAGCGCCUGGCAGCGCCUAAGCCCGCGCCGCGCUGCCCUCGUGCAUCGCCAUGGACGAGCGCUUCAACAGGUGGCUGCUGCCGCCGCUGCUGGCGCUGCUCUUCUUGCUCAUCGUCUACCAGUACGUGUCGCCCGCCUGCCCCGGCGCCGCCUGCCCCCGCCGCCCGCCGGCCUCAGCUUCCCGCCGCGGGGGGGGCCCGGCGGAACGAGAGGAGGAGGAGGCGGCAACGGACGCCGCGGAGGAGGAGGCGGCGGCGGCGGUGCUACCGCGGUUGGUGGCCAAAUUCCCGUUCGCGCGGGGGGAGCUGUGUCGGCGGGUGCGGUUCGACAUGCGGGGCCGCGACGUGAUCGUCUUCCUCCACAUCCAGAAGACGGGCGGCACCACUUUCGGGCGGCACCUGGUGCGCAACAUCCGCCUGGAGCAGCCCUGCUACUGCCGGGCCGGGCAGAAGAAGUGUGCGUGCCACCGCCCGGGCGGCGACAAGGACACCUGGCUCUUCUCACGCUUCUCCACCGGCUGGAGCUGCGGGCUGCAUGCCGACUGGACCGAACUCACUAGCUGCGUGCCCGCCGCUAUGGAGCGCCGCGGCUGCGCCGGCAACCGUACCCUCAGGAACUUCUAUUACAUCACGAUGCUGAGGGAUCCAGUUUCACGGUACUUGAGCGAAUGGAAGCAUGUCCAGAGGGGUGCAACGUGGAAAACUUCCCUUCAUAUGUGCGAUGGAAGAAGCCCAACACCAGAUGAGCUGCCUACCUGUUACGAAGGUGACGACUGGUCUGGAGUCAGUUUACAGGAAUUCAUGGACUGCAGCUACAACUUGGCCAACAACCGCCAGGUGCGCAUGCUGGCGGACCUCAGCCUGGUGGGGUGCUACAACUUGACUUUUAUGAACGAGAGUGAAAGAAAUACAAUUCUCCUCCAAAGCGCCAAGAACAAUCUGAAAAACAUGGCCUUCUUCGGGCUGACCGAGUUCCAGAGGAAAACGCAGUAUCUCUUUGAGAGGACAUUCAACCUGAAAUUCAUUUCCCCUUUCACCCAGUUCAAUGUUACACGAGCCUCCAACGUGGACAUCGGUGAGGAUGUGCGGCAACGGAUAGAGGAGCUAAAUUUCUUGGAUGUGCAGCUGUACGAAUAUGCAAAGGAUCUGUUCCUGCAGCGCUUCCAGUACUCCAAGCAAGAGGAGCAUCAACAAAACCGGCUAAAGAGGCGAGAGGAGCGACGGCUGCUGCGAGAGCAGAGAGCUCACCAAUGGCCAAGGGAAGAGGCAGUAGAAGUAGCUGUUACUGAAGAUUAUAAUAGCCAGGUUGCAAGGUGGUGAUGCACCUCCCAUCUUGACUAACCGAUGAGAGGAUCAGACAGUUUGUGCAGCUUGGCUACCUGGGAGUUAGCCAAGGAAGGCCUACUACUUUGGUAAAUGAGACCAUAACUGACAACUACCCCUCCUUGUCUCAAUUUUUCUUGGUUUCUGCCAAUGAAAUUUUUUU